AUGGCUGGUGAGAAAACCAAGACCAAGAAAGCUGCUGCAACAAAAGAAGUUGAGGACCGGGGAAGAGAGAGAGAGCGUGGGCCCAAGAAAGAAAAGAAAGUGAAGGAGACUUCUAAGGAAACCCCCAAGGAGCCGAAGGAAACCCCCAAGGAGCCAAAGGAAACCCGCAAGGAGCCAAAGGAAACCCGCAAGGAGCCAAAGGAAACCCGCAAGGAGCCGAAGGAAAAGCGCAAGGAAUCCCGCAAGGAGCCGAAGGAAACCGGCAAGGAGCCGAAGGAAAUCCAAAAGGAGGCAAGGCCAGCAAAGGCAAAGGAAGGCCAGGAGACAAAGGCAACAAAAGGAGAGGCAAAGGACUCCAAGCGAAAGGCCACGGACGAGCCGAAGGGUGUGUCAUGGAAGCAGGCCAAGAUCGUUACUCAGCCAGCAGUUCCAGCCCCAGCCGCCAAGCCCGUGCUACGACACCGACACCGGAGCAAAUCGGCCCCACGGGACGCGGAGCCUGCAGGCAGUGUUGCCGGCAGCGUUGCCGGCAGCAGCAGCGGUACCAGGACUCCGAGUAAGCUGCACGACAAGAAGGAAAAACGCAAGAAGGAUAGCCCACCGGCCCCAGCAUCCACACACGAGCCCGCCGCAAAGAACUUGGAACCCAUCUUUGAUGCGGAAGCCAGCAAUGAUGAACAAGGAGACCUUGACGUGGACGAAAUGCUUGCGCUGAUUGAAUCCUCGGAGUCCGAGGGAGAUUCCUCGGAGGACACCCGCGAGGAAGAGGAGCAGGAGGAUGAGGAGAUGAAGGGUGAAUCCGAAGGCGAAGGCGAGGAUAGUGGGGAGGAGAUCUCCGACCGGGAGGAUCCCGAGUCAAGUGAGGGGUCCAGCGAGGACUCGAGCACUAGCUCAGAAGAGGAGGGCGAGGAAGGGGAGGAGGACGAUGCCGACGGACCGAGCAAGCCCGCCACGGAGAUCGCAGCUGCUGCAAAGGCAGCAGAAGCAGUGACAAAAAGAAACAGCAUCACGCACAAGAGGGAGUGGGACACAUUCUCCCGGCAGUGCCAGGAUCGCAAGAAGUUUCCUGUGUCGCUAUCAAGCCACCUCCAGCGCGACAAAACGGACUUGUUUAAUUUGUGGCUCGACAACAACCAGGACCUGUCGAAGGUGGCAGUCGCGGUGGAGCGAUCUGUGCAGCAGAAGAUCACGUCGCGUUCUGGGUUUGAGUCUAGCAAAGCCAGAGACAUCAUGAAGCAAUAUGGUGAAGCGAAGGGGCUCAAGCUCAUCAACGCUUUGAAGGCCAAGGGCCGCUACUACUACGAUGAGGAAUUCCCGGAUGAUGAGGAGGAAAUCUUCUACUACACCCACGCCCCGCGCAAGAUUAUGAAUGACAACAGCACCGCCAACAAGCUGAAGCUCGAAGGCAAGGAGACCAACCCGGACCAAGCCCUCGUCGGGUCCCUCACCGGCGAGGAAGGUCCGCUCCACGCGGGUGCCAUGCCUGGCAUGAAGAUCCAGAGUGCAGAGGGGGAAAAGGCGAUGGCCGAGGCAUUGAGCAAUGGUGGUGUGGUUGGUAAGAUCAAGCCACCUAAGAAGCACCGCCCCGAAGGGACCGAGAAAGUGCUGCCCACGACUUCGAAGGAGUACUUUGCUGCAUACGAUGUUUUCUUGGUGCCCCAAAUGCGUGCAGAAGCAGUGCUAGACGAUGUCCUAAAGGACAGUGGUGCUGCGAGAAAGUUGGCUUUGAGCCUUGAGCACGUGCACUACGGGGAUAAGUUGAAGCAGGAGCUCAUGGACUUCAGUGCGCAAAUGGAAGGCCUUUACCGGAAGCUGCAACAGCUCAUCCUCAAGAAGGUUACCAAAGCCAAGAAGUACGACCCGAUCCUGAUUGACGUGGAGGCAAAGAAUGCUUGGUACAAGACUGCAGAGAAAGCAGCGCGCGGCCUGCUGUCGGGAUUGAAGAAGAAGAAGGCCAAGGCUAAAGCAGCGGCUGAGAAAGCCACCGACAAGCCCGUUGAGACAACCCCGGAUCACGGUGAGAACAAGCAGUGA